AUAUAAACAAUGAUUGUACAUAAUGUAGGAGUUGUAGUGGCGUUAGUCGGUGUCUUGUUGCCGGUAAGCUGUGUUGCACAUAGCACAAUGACGAAAAAUCUAAAGGUUUUGGUGUCGUCCAAAGAUUUUCCGCCAGCGGGACUGAAAGUAUUACAGGAACACUUUACAGUAGUCCAAACAAAAUACCUGAACUUCGGUGAGGAGGGUCGUACUCUUGCCAAAGAUGACCUCUUGAAGCUCAUCCCAGGGUCCUCUGCCCUCAUAUGGAGUUCCAACCUUGCUAUCAGCAAGGAGUUGCUGGAUAAGGCUGGUCCUCAACUGAAGUUGGUAGCAACAGUCUCAGCAGGCUACAACCACUGCAACUUGGAUGAGCUAAGAGCGAGAGGCAUCAAGCUCUCUAACACUCCCAAUGUGCUGUCAUCAGCUGUCGCCGAAAUCGCUAUCGGUCUCAUGCUUGGCGCCGCUAGGCGGUUCACUGAAAACCUGGCUCAGGUUCACAGGGGCGAAUGGGAGAUCGGUUUCGACAAGGUCCUCGGUCAGGACAUCCGAGGCAGCACUGUGGGUAUCGUUGGAUUGGGAGGAAUCGGACAGGCAGUGGUCAGGCGCCUCGCUGGAUUCGAGGUUGCCAAGUUCCUGUACACUGGCCACAGGGAGAAGCCUGAAGGCAAGGAGUUGGGUGCGGAAUUCGUAAACCUAGACACACUGUUGACGCAAAGCGACUUCAUAGUGCUGGCGGUUCCACUGACCAACGAGACCAAACACAUGAUCAACAAAGACACCCUGGGGAAGAUGAAGAGCAAUGCUAUCGUCAUCAAUGUUGGACGUGGAGACCUAGUCGACCAGGAAGCCUUGUAUGACGCGCUGAAGAACAAGCAGAUUUACGCGGCUGGACUUGACGUGACUACCCCGGAGCCUCUGCCCAGAGACCACAAGCUGCUCACAUUACCUAAUCUAUUCGUGCUCCCGCACAUCGGUAGCGCUACCGUGCGCACACGCAGCGACAUGGGCGUGCUAGCCGCCAACAACGUGGUGAACGCCCUCACAGGAAAAGCGCUCAUCACACCCGUCAACCUCUGAAUAGUGGCACAAUAUGAAAGAAGGUGGAGUUUAAGAGCAAAAAGGUUGUAACAUCAUACUGGCUGUAUGUAAUUUAUUAUUGGGAUUCAGCAAUAUUUCCAUUAAAAGUCGUUAGAUUUCUUUA